AUGGCUGGCAAAGGGACCGGAACCGGGACUACCGAACCGGGACGGACCGGAACCGGGACUACCGGACCGGGACGGACCGGAACCGGAACAGAACCGGGCACCACUAGCCGGAACCGAUUUUCAGAAGUGGCUAAUAUCCAGGGUUCUUGCUCACUAAAUAUCCAUGGAAAGAUUGCUAGUCAAAUGUUGUCAAAGAGAACAACAUACGCCGUGUAUCUACUGUACAAAUUAGCUCCAAGUUCAUAUUCUGGUCUUGUAAUUAGUAAUUCAGUUGUUAGAUUUGUUAAUCGUGAGACUGAGGAACCACGAAGAGUCGGGAGAAUUAGUUGGCCUAAUGCUCAAAGAAGAGUUGAUAGAUGGAUGGAGAUAGAAAUGGGGAAGUUUUUCAAUGAUGCAGGGGAGAACGGAGAUGUUGAAGCGCGAUUAAUGGAGAUCAGGUGUCACUUUGGGAUAGACAACCUCUUUGUUGAAGGAAUAGAGUUUCGAGCAGAAUGA